CGUCUGUUGGGGAGCGCACCCGUUUGCCGUGGAGGCUCUGUGCACGCCACAUUGACAGACUUGCGACUGAUGUGCGGAUUUUUGCAGAUGCCUUCAUCCCAACCCUGCUUUUUAUGGUGUCGCUGCUCACAUUAACGGCCGAGCGACCCUCAGAGCUCAGGAACCCUCACUCCGCGACACUGCCCACUUUUCCUUCUCCUCCCUGUUUGUCCCGCCCAACUCAGAAGUCUAGUUUGAUUCAGGACUUUCAGACUUUGAAGCUUCUGAUGCACACGAAAUGCUUCCAGGACUCUUACAAGUCUGCUGUUAGCCAUUUAAAAAAAAAAUUCUGAUAAAUCUUCUGUUUAAAAGUCCGUGGACUGAGACUGAGUGAAGCUACAAGGACACAGCUUCACACUAACGGCACUCAGGAUGUGGCAACGUUUUAUUUUGACAACAGAUGCGAUUAUUGUGCUGCUGACCUGCGUGUUCUCCUUCAACGUGGACCAGAAGAACAGUUUGUCCUUCUCUGGACCGCUGGAAGAUAUGUUCGGCUACACUGUCCAGCAGUUUGAGAACAGCGAGGGAAAAUGGGUUCUGAUUGGAUCUCCGCUGUCAGGACAGCCGAGUAAAAGAACCGGAGACGUCUACAAAUGUCCCGUGGGGAGAGAUAACAACAACUGCAUCAAACUGGAGCUGCCCAAAAACACAACCAUUCCCAACUUGCGUGAAGUGAAGGAAAACAUGACCAUGGGAAGCACACUGGUAACGAAUCCCAAAGGAGGAUUUCUGGCGUGUGGUCCUCAGUAUGGCUACAAGUGCGGCCCGCAGCAUUUCAUCUCAGGAGUUUGUACGAAUGUCAGCUCUUCCUUCCAGAUCCUCAACUCUUUUACAAAAUAUCAAGAGUGCGGGAAGGAGAUGGACCUUGUGAUCGUGCUGGAUGGAUCUAACAGUAUCUACCCCUGGUCGAGUAUUCAGGAGUUUCUCUAUAAGUUCAUUGGGAGACUUGAGAUCGGACCUAAACAGACACAAGUGGGCAUUGUGUCUUAUGGCGAGACCGUGAGUCAUCAGGUCAACCUGAGCCAGUUUGACAACAUGCCUGCUUUGCGGGGUUUUGUCCAAGACCUUCCUCAGCACACUGGCACCAAGACGAUGACUUUCCUGGGCAUUGAUACUGCCAGAGAGGAAGCCUUCAUGCCAGAGCGUGGUGCACGACCUGGAGUUAAGAAAGUCAUGGUGAUUGUGACUGAUGGAGAAUCACACGACUACUAUAAUCUACAAAAGGUCAUCAAAGCUUGUGAGGAUGAUGACAUUGAGAGAUUUGGCAUCGCUGUUUUGGGGGACUAUGGUCGCCAGAACAAAUCUCUAUCAGAGGUGCAAAAGUUUAUCAAAGAGAUCCAGAAUAUCUCCAGUGAACCUAUCCAAGACCACUUCUUCAAUGUGUCUGAUGAGGCUGCUUUAGUGAACAUUGUGGAUACACUGGGAAGCAGGAUUUUGGCCUUGGAAGCUACAAGUGGAAAUUCCACUUCCCCCAUUCAGAUGGAGAUGUCCCAAACUGGGUUUAGUGCUCACACCUCAAACGAAGGUGUGUUACUGGGAGCAGUGGGGGCUUAUGAAUGGAACGGGACAGUGGUAAUGUACACUCCUGGAGGAGACGUGGUUCCAGGGAAAGAUGCUUUCUUUGACCCACUGAAAGAGGCUAGGAAUGAAAGGCUGGCCGCGUACCUCGGGUAUGAUGUGCAGUCAGCAUCCACGUCUGAGGGAGAGCUGUACAUCACAGGUGCACCGCGGUACAACCACACCGGCCGCGUUGUUAUCUACCGACUCGAUGAAAACAACAGAAUCGUCAUCUCGCAGAUACUGAAAGGAGAACAGAUUGGUUCCUACUUUGGCAGCGUCCUUCAGACUGUUGACGUGGAUAAGGAUUCCUUGACUGACCUGCUGUUGGUUGGAGCUCCAAUGUACAUGGGCCCAGAAAAAGAUGAGCAGGGACGAGUCUACGUCUACAGGCUCAAGAAUAACAAAUUUAAGCAUGAGUAUACUUUAAAGCCUAUUAAUCAGUCCUGCUGUACGCUCCAAUCAGCCGGCUGCACCAAUAAAAAUGAGCCGUGCGGCGCCCGGUUUGGUACAGCCAUUGCAGCAGUGACAGAUCUUAACCUUGAUGGGUAUAAUGAUGUGGCGAUUGGUGCGCCUUUUGAAAAUGACCACAGAGGGGCUGUCUACAUCUAUCACGGAGACCAGAAAUCACUCAAAAAGAAAUUUGUACAGCAUAUUCCUGCAGGUGGCGAUGGCGAAAAGGUGAAAUUCUUUGGUCAGUCCAUACAUGGAGUCAUGGAUCUAAAUGGAGAUGGAAUCACUGAUAUCACUAUAGGAGGUCUGGGAGGGGCCUCGCUGUUCUGGUCCAGAGAUGUUGCAGAGCUGCAUGCCAGCAUGACUUUCAACCCCUCUAAAGUCAACCUCCAGCAGAUUGAGCACCAGUGUGAACACGGCAAUAGGAAAUCUAUUUGUGUGAAGACCAACUUGUGCUUUACCUACAGAGUCAAAUCCAACCAGCCGACUGUAAAAACAACUGCAAAUAUGACCUAUACUAUAACACUGGACAGUCUGCGUGCCACAUCCAGGGCCUCAUUCAUUAGCAAAGAUUUAAAAAAUGACCGCAGGACUACAGAGAAGUUCACCAUCAUGGACGGAACGAAAGAAUGCAUGGAGAAAACCUUCAUGAUGUCGGAACGGCUAGACUUCCGAGGACCUCUGACUGUGUCUGUGGAAUUCGGAAAAGCUGAUGAAGAAGGUCCUGUGCUGGAUGAAAGUCUUCCCAAAUCCAUCAAUGCCAAUAUUACUUUAAUGGACUGUGGAAACAAAACUCAGACGUGCGUUCCUGACCUCUCCCUGAAGGCUAAAUGUGAUGAGCAAAGUAAAUUGAUCAAAGAAAAGGAAAUCAUUUAUUUGAAUAUCACCGUUAAAAACCUCAAAGACAAAGCUUAUAACACCAACGUGAAAAUCAACUUUACACAAAACAUCAACUUUGUGAACGUAGAGCCAGAUACAAAGACGACCACUGUAAAUGACACCGAAGUGAGCAUUGAGGUGGGGUACCCCUUCUUGGGAAACAAUGAAGAGGAAACAAUAACAGUGAAAUUUGAGGUGAAUCUCAAAUAUUUUCAGAAGGAAAUUGAGUUCACCGUGACAGCUACAAGUGACAAUGAAGAAGAUUUCUCUACCAUGCACGACAACAGAGCGACUAUCUCCAUCCCUGUCAAGUAUGAACUUGGACUCACGUUCAAAGUAGAUGUAAAGUCGCCUUUGAACAACCACAUUGAAAUAACACAAGAGGAUAAGUACCCCUCGGAAUUCAGUGACAUCAGUAUGAUUGGAGAAGAGGUCAACAUCACCUACACGGUGGAAAAGUUACGUGACGGGGUGACUCCAACCCUUGGCCUUGAAGUGAAAUAUCCUUUUGAGUCUCCGAGGAAGAACACGUUACUGUACCUGACGCACGUCACCUACUCAAAUAUGAUGUGUGACACAAAAGGACAGAUUGAUGUUUUUAAAAUUAACUCAGAGGUUAAAGUGGUGAAAGUGGAAAAAGAGACGCUCAGUAACUACCUGCUGCAAGACAGCCACACAAAGUUUGAAUCGUUUAACUGCUCGAUUUCUGAAGGCCAAAAGAUCGCUCAGCUCAACGUGGCGUUCAGAUUGUGGAAACCUACGUUUAUCGAGAGUGAGUUUUCCGGUCUAUACUUGGUGGUGAACGGGACUUUGGACAUCAGGAAGCAGGAGGACGUGUUUGAAGUGAACAGCAACGACAUGACCAGAAGUGUCAGUAUCCAGGUUUCCAAAGAUACUGUCAGAGGAAUCCCGUUCUGGAUCAUUAUCGUCAGUAUCCUGAUAGGACUGCUCAUCUUAGCACUUGUUAUCUUCAUUCUGUGGAAGUUUGGCUUUUUUAAGAGAAAAUCCAGGGACUAUCCAAAGGAGGAAGAGGCAGAGUGACGUAUCCAAACAGCCACCCACCAUCAGGACCUACAAACUAACAGACAGACAUAGGAAACGCCAUAAGACCCACUGAUAUUAGUGCUGUGACAGAUUGACUGCCUGGAAAACAAAACAACACAAACAGCAUUAUCUUCGCUGAUUCCUGCACUGGCAUUUAUCAGGUAAAGCUUGCAAAUACUUCUCAACUCUUUGAUUUUCCAAGCGCUAGAUUAUAACACUGGAGCCAAAAUGAAACUGGCUCACACGCGGAGACGAACACACUGACUAUACAGAAGUAUUUGCACAUGCUAUUUGUUCAACAUGACCAACAAACAGUAACAGUACGCAUCAAGUCCCAUCAAGCAGUUCAAGAAGAGGAGCCAGAGGCGGGACGGAGGAGACCAUCACUUGCAAGGCACCAAGUUGGCCAAAAAAGCACCAUCUAACCAACUAACUCUGUGACAUACAGCAGAAAUCCAAAGGCUUCAGAGCUCCUGCAGCUGCACUCCAGCUUUAGAGG